CUUUCGCUCCUCCGGCCACUGUGGUGCGAGCGAGCGAGCGCCCGUCGCCAUGGCGACAGAGGCGGCUGCGGGGGCGGGGAGCGGCGCGAGGCUGGUCGGAGGAGGCGGCGGGAAGGGACCCAGAGCCGCCGCCUAAUUCUCCUCAGGCGGCGGCGCUUCGGCCCUUCAGGUUUCCCGCCCGGGUAGGAGGAGGAGAAGCGAACGGGCCAACGACCUCCCGCUCUUGAGGCGGAAUGGGCAGCGCCUCCGCCUCAGAGGGAAAGCUCUUCUGAAGAGGAGGCGGCGGCGGCAGAAAUGCGCCUUAGCCCCGGCCCGGUUGCUUCUCGCACUCGAGCUGCUUGAGUCUGAGGCCUUUGCGCACCCGGCUCUUCCGUCGCUUUCCUUCCCGUCCCCGGCCUCGGCCAUGCAGAGCUCCGGUUUCCCUUCGCUGGGCCUCGCCCAGCAGCUCCACCAGCAGCACAACCUCCACCUGCCUCCCUGGUCGCGCUUCGGCGGGCAGCAGCCUCCGCCUUCGCAGCAGGAAAGGGCCGCGUCCCCGGCUCAGCCGUCGCCUUCGCACCCCGCUUCUCAACCUCACCCUCCUCGGCCCCCUCGGACUCCCAGCGCCGACGGCUGGAGGAGGGCAGCCACCGACCUGGAGCGCAGCCUCAAGUUCAUGCAGGCGCAGUACGCCGAGACCCUCCAGAAGCUCCACGAGGAGAUCGAUGUCCUCAAGAGGCAGAACAAGGAUCUUAAUUAUAAGCUCAUCAUGAACCCGAUACUUCAGAGGAAAGAUCACUCUUCCAGCAACUUGCCUAGUAAGUCACAGCCAGGAAGCAGUGCACCAGGGAAGACAAGUGCCGGCUUAAAGAUGGUGGCGCCAGCAGCAAAAGAAGAGCACAGAGAACAAGGUUCUGAGGAGCUGGAAAAGAAGCCAGUAAGUGGCGAGUUCAUGAUGGACGAGACGAGUGCAGAAGAAGAAAUUAUAGAAAAGGAAGUAGAUAGAGUAAUGUGGAAGGAAUUGGAGGACUUCAGGCCGGAGCAGGAGACGGUUCCAGAAGAGGCACCUCAUCCCAGAGAGGCAGAUGUUUGUGACAGGAUGACGUCCCCCAUCCCUUUUUCAUCUGGUCAAAGCAGGGCAGGAGAUGUGAAAAUCCCUGCUGCUUCUUCCAACCCCUUCUUGGUGACAGUGCUCCCUUCCUACAUGCGGAAGCCACCAACGCUGGAGGAGUGCGAAGUGGUCAUUCGGCAGUUGUGGAACAUCAACCACAUGCAGAUGCAGGAGCUGAUGUAUUUGCGAUCGUGCUUGGAAGAUAUCCACAAGACCAAAAGAAUUCCUGAGGACUACAUGCUAGCUGGUCAUGUUGGGAACCAAGAGGUCACACGGUUGCCCAAGGUGAAGAAUGGUCCUAAGAAAUGUAGGAUUCUCACACCACUGCCUGCUGCUGAAAGGGCUGUGCUGCCAGCACUGAAGCAAACACUAGGAAAUGCUUUUGCAGAGAGACAGAAGAGAACACAGGCUGUUCAGAGGAACAGGCUCCACCGGACAGCACUUUAGCAAACAGCUCCAUGUAGAGACAAAGAACAUCAUGAGGCAUCCACCCUCCUACCAGAUUCGCCUCCCACAAACAGCUCCAACUCACCCACUCUUCCUGGGUUGAGCCAACUGUCAAGAUGCCCUUCUUUCUUUCCUUAUGCACCAUCUACUCAGAUCCCAUCAGGCAAUUGCUCCUUACUCAGCUUUGGACACACUGGAGUUUGCUUGUAUGGUCGACUCGCAACUUAUGUGCAUGUAACUUGUGUGAGCUCAGCUUUAUGUGCCUGGCUGAUUUUUUGUUUUUAAGAGGCAGUCAUCAAGGGGGGGGGGGGUGGAUUGGAAGUAGGUGGGGACACUGGCAAUUGUGCCCACCAUCACACUCACCUUGGGAGAGCAUUUGGAUGUGCAGUUAAGAGAGUGAAAGUGGCCUUAGGCGCAUUCGGAGGUGCAUGGAAGUCUUCAGUGGUUUUUACAGGACAUUUUCCAGUUUUUAAAGGAUUGACUAUACAGUAUGUGAUUUUGCCUUUAUGUGCUACCACUGGAACUUAACUCUUGUGUAAGAUGCGAGUCGUUUGUUCUUGUAAAAGCAGAUUAGCGCUGUAGCUCUGUCAGCGCCAAGGCCCAUCUAGUCUGACAUCCUGUUCUCAUAGUGGCUAUCGGAUGUCUCUGGAAAGAGGACCAGAGUGCAACAGUUGCACUCUCCCUAUCUGUGAUUCCUUGCAACUGCUAUUCAAGGGCAUGACAAAUAGCUGUUGAUAGCUUCAUCCUCCAUGUAUUUGUCUAAUCCUCUAUUAAAACAAUGCAUAAUCUUA